AUGCGCCGCAGCAGAGCAUCAGCAUCUCUGCUCAGCAGCCCACGGAGUCUCAUCUCCUCCUCCUCGACCUCAACGUCGUCACACCUCCUCUGUCGCCAAACAGUCUUCCGCCUCAGACCACGGCAACAGCCCUCGCAACCACGACAUCCUUCUUCCUCUUAUUCCACAAGCACGUCUCCUCCUCCCGACCGGAUCAUUCGACCUCUCGUCCCGCCUCCGCGCGAAGGAAGCGGCCCUCUUCUCUCUCGCCGACCCGACCGCGCGCUGCCCAACAUCUCGCGCACCUCGGUCUGGAUCAAGACGCUCCCGGUCUUCGUGGCGCUGGUGGGCCUCUCCAGCCUCGCCAUCUUCAACUACCAGAAGUCGUCCAGCUCGACGGUCAACAGCAUCCUGUACGCGCUGCGCACGAACCCGCACGCCCGCGAGAUCCUCGGCGACGAAAUCUACUUUGCGAGCCAGGUGCCCUGGAUCCGCGGCGAGCUGAGCCCGAUGCAGGGCGCCAUCGACAUCACCUUCUGGGUCAAGGGGACGAAGGGGACCGCGCAGACGAGGUUCGUGAGCAUACGGAAAAAGGGCGCCGAGUUUUUCGAGACGCUCGAGUGGAGUUUGAAGACGCCCGGCUCUGGCCCCGACGGAGGGAAGACGGUGCAGUUGCUUGAGAUGGAAGGGACGAGGGAUCCGAUUGCGGGACAGAAGAUGUGA